CGCAAGAUGUUAUGGGAUCUCAACACAUCCUUAAUUGUGCCUGAAGCAACUUGCUGACGGUAUAUAAGACUGCAACUGUCCAGCCAAAGAAUUGCUGAACAGUUGAAACAACCACACCGUUGCAACCAUGACUCGUUUUGUACUAGCCGUGGCUAUGAUAGUUCACAUCCUCCUUGCGCUCACCACGAGAGUUAGUGCCGAAUGUGAGGCCUGCCCUAAUUGCGAUUAUGAGCAAAUCAGUCCAUCGCAAGGGAACGCAUGUCUUAACUACUGGACAUGCUCAGGCGAUACCAUCUCGUGCUAUUAUCCUUCUGUUGCGAAUCCGGGAACGUACACAGGGUGCUCAUACAGUGCAUCGGCCGAUUGGGCACUUACAGCUGGCCCCAGCAACAUCUGUUUCCCGUAUUCGGGACUGAACUCGAAGUGUCAACCAGGAAACGACCCUUACAACCUUGGCAUCCCAGCCUGCACCGCUUCAUACGGGUAUGUCGGUGAAUAUAACAGUGGACUGUUGUAAAGUACAUGAAUUGGGGAGCCGGUUUUGGUUGUGGUUGAGGUAGAAUUGAGGUAGACACCAAAUUUAGGCAGACAGAUGAUUUGGUUCUCUCGUUGCAGCCCACACAUGCGGCCGGGUGCGUUGGGCGAUUUAUUCAACGCGGAGUACAGGCGCAAUAUGGGCGACCUCUACCUUAUCACUGCGUGCAAGUGCACGCACAGCGAAUUGUAUAUAUUCGAAAAGAUCUAGGCUUCAAGAACUCGCA